GUGGAUCAUGGAGGAGAGUCCAGGAUUACAGCAGGACUACACAAAUAUUUCUGUGAUCUCACAAUGGAUCCAGACACAGCAAACACUAAGCUCAUUCUGUCUGAGGAGAACAGAAAGGUAACAUUUGUGGAUGAGGAUCAGCCGUACCCAGAUCAUCCAGAAAGAUUUAAUAAGCGUCCUCAUGUCCUGUGUAGGGAGCUUCUGUCUGGACGCUGUUAUUGGGAGUCUGAAUGGAGUGGACAGGCUGAUAUAUCAGUGACAUAUAAAGGAAUCUGCAGGAAAGGAAAGGGUGCUGAAUGUGUGUUUGGAUUCAAUGAUAUCUCCUGGUGUCUGAUCUGCUCUGAUGAGCCAUUUGCUCUCUGGAGCGAUUAUCGUCACAUUGACACACGUGUCACUUCAGGCUCCUGUAGGAAAGUCAGUGUGUAUGUGGACGUUUCGGCUGGCACUCUGUCCUUCUACAGCAUCUCUGACACACACACACUAACACACAUAUACACAUUCAACACUACAUUCACUGAAACUCUCUAUGUUGGAUUUGGAUUCAUGAUUCAUGAUUCGAACUCCACACUGACUCUGUGUCGGA